AUGCGUUCGACUACCCUCCUUUCCGGCCUGGCCGCUUUGGCCCAACUCGGUACUGCGAGCUAUGUGCUCUCUGACGACUAUGGAAAUGGCAUGGACUUUUUCAGCAAGUGGACUUUUUUCACUGGUUCUGAUCCCACCAAUGGCUAUGUCACCUACGUGGAUCAAGCCACCGCGCAGAGCGCUGGUCUGAUCUCGGCCGAUGCCAACAACUCGGUCUACAUCGGGGUUGACCACACCAACGUCGCCAGCGGUUCCGGCCGUCAGAGCGUCCGGCUGACCAGCAUCAACACGUACACGCAUGGCUUGAUCAUUCUGGACCUGGCCCACAUGCCGGGUUCGGUGUGUGGGAGCUGGCCAGCUUUCUGGACGGUGGGCGCGAACUGGCCGAACGGCGGCGAGAUCGACAUCAUCGAAGGCGUCAACCAGCAGACCACCGACGCCAUGACCCUGCACACGAGCGACGGCUGCACCAUCAACGACUCGGGCUUCACGGGCACGCUGUCGACGUCCAACUGCUACGUCGACGCCCCCGGCCAGAGCAACAACGCCGGGUGCGGCAUCGACUCGACGUCUUCGCAGUCGUACGGCGACGGGUUCAACGCCAUCGGCGGCGGCGUCUACGCGACCGAAUGGACGAGCGACUACAUCAAGAUCUGGUUCUUCCCCCGCGGAAGCAUCCCGUCCGACAUCACCAGCGGCAGCCCAGACCCGUCUGGCUGGGGCACGCCCGCCGCUGCGUUCCAGGGCAACUGCGACAUUGACUCGCACUUUACUGCGCAGAACAUCGUCUUCGACAUCACCUUCUGCGGCGACUGGGCUGGCAACGUCUGGUCAUCGGGCAGCUGCGCCUCCCUGGCGAGCACCUGCAACGCCUACGUGCAGAACAACCCGUCCGCAUUCACGGAGACGUACUGGACAAUCAACUCGCUGAAGGUGUACGAGGACAACGGGUCCAGCGCACACAACGCGACCCUGCCAGCGACGACAUCUAGCCGUCUGCGCCGUAACCGCCGGGCCGUCCGCAGUCACCAGUAG